AUGGCACCUCACGCGGAAGAGUCGGUGGGGACCCAUACCGGGCACGAGGAUGUCCAACACCAGCAAGAGAAUGAGCGCAACAUGCCCAAGCCCGGCGAAUACAUCCAGUUCGACCAUCUUCCCGCCGGGGGUCCUCUGAACCGCUGGUCUCACUUCAUGACCCGGGACCACGAUUAUCCCGGAGCCCAGGCAAGUCUUUUUGCUCUUUAUUUCUCUCAAAAACUACCGAACGGAGGAGCCAGUUGUCGAAAUCCCGAUACAAGCCGGCCCACCGGUUCAGCCUUGGGCUGCGGGAAGCUGCGGAUGCUCUGCUCGGCAGAAGCAAUCAUAUCUCUAUUACCUAUCUUUACCCUUUCCAGACGUCGGGCCUGA